AUGGGCGAAGGUGCGAGGGAGACGUCACCGGACUCCCUCCCACAAGACGGCUCGCGCUGCGCCCACGCCGACGCUUCUUCGUCGCCCUUGGAGCUAGAGCAGCUGCUCGUGGCGCUGGCUGCAGCUUCGGCGGCGAUAGCCUGGUCAGAGGUGCGCGGUUGUGGCCGUGGCGACGGCGGAGCCGAGACGAUGAUGGUGUGGAAGUACGACAAGCGGCUCGCCAACGGGUCGCAGUUUGUCUACUUCGGCAUGGACCCGGUCGACCCGACGUCGCGCAUCGGCCAGGCCGUCAUCCAGUACACGCGGCACGCCAUCGACGCAAUCAAAAUCAAGAAUGGCGCCACCCAUUCUGAGGUGAUGUUCACCAAGGACGGGCCCUGUCUGGUCGAGGUCAACUGCCGUUGCCACGGCGGCAAUGGCACGUGGAUGCCGCUGGCGUCGAUGCUCACCGGCGGGUACAACAUGGUGACUGCCUCGAUUGACGCCUACCUCGACCCCAAGGCGUGGGACAAGAUCCCACCCAUCCCAAAGUAUCCCUUCCAGGGCAGCGGCAAGAAUGUGAUGUUCGUCUCGUACUGCGAGGGCACGGUGUCUGGCACGCCCGGCUACGACAUCAUCAAGGCGCUGCCGAGCUUCUCCUCGUGCAACGCCGAUAUCAAGCCGGGCGACACGAUCACGAAGACCGUCGACCUCUUUGGCUGUACCGGCCAGGCCAUUCUUGCGCACACCGACCCCGAGGUGGUCGCGGCAGACCUCAAGGUGAUCCGCAACCUUGAAAGCUCGAACAAGAUGUUCACGCUCGAAGGCGGCGCGGAGGACCGCUUCACCAAGGUCCUCGAGCCGGAGGUGCGCCAGAGCGUGCGCGCGUCGACGAUGAAGGAGGGGGCGCGCUCGUCGAUGGCGGACCGCAUGGCCGGCCAGAAGGAGGCGGCCAUCCUCCUCGCCGAGGAGAUCAGGCACGCCGAGGAGGUUGCAGAGCUGCACAAGAAGUACCAACUGGCCGGCGGCAUCUGCGGCGUCGCCGCGCUGCUCGGCAUGUUCAUGCUGAAGAAGUGA